UACAAAAACAAUCCCACUACAGAGCCCGAAUUAACUUAUCCCACCCGGGGCGUUAAUUAACCACACAACCAAUUUAGGUGAAAGACAGUUUUGACUCUGUUUUUUGAAUUACUGGGUAGCAGCCGAUGGCGGCGACGGCUAGUUUUAUUCGAAAGUUAGGUGGUGCAGUUAAGAAAACACCGGGAAAGAGAGGGUCGAGCUGGUAUACUCCUCAUAUGGCUGCUGCAUCUCGCGCUAUAUUGGAGCGAAUUCCAUUGGUUGAUCUUGUCCUUGAAGUCAGAGAUGCAAGGGUUCCGUUGUCUUCAGAAUAUGAGCUGCUGAGAAACUUCCCACAUUCCUCGAGGCACAUUAUAGUCUUGAACAAAAUGGACCUAGCUAGUCGCUCGCAGAUGAAGGCAUGGAGGUCAUAUUUUGAGCAACAAAACUCCAUUUCUUAUGGAGUCAAUUCUCAUAAUAAGGAGAACAUCAAGGAGUUCCUGAACUUUUUACGAGCCCGAGUUAGAGAAUUGAAGAAGAUUGAUCAUGCUAAUCAUACCAUAACAGUGCUGCUAGUUGGGAUUCCCAAUGUUGGCAAGUCAGCCCUGGCCAACUCCUUGCAUCAUAUUGGGCGGAUUAGUGCUUCGGAGAAAGGAAAGUUGAAACAUGCAACAGUGAGUCCGCUGCCAGGGGAGACAAAAGAUAUCAGCAGCUUGAAGAUUGGUAGCCAUCCCAAUAUUUAUGUCUUGGACACCCCUGGGGUUUUGCCUCCAGAGAUUCCUGAUGCCGAGGUGUGUUCGAAACUUGCUUUAACAGGGGCUAUUAAUGACUGUUUAAUUGGGGAAGCAGAACUAGCUCAAUAUUUUUUGGCUAUCCUCAACUUGAGUGAUGAAUACAAGCAAUGGUCAAAAUUUUCUACCACUGCGAGUGAAAAAUUAUCAGAUGACAAAGUCGAAGCUUCAGUUGACUCUGAGUUGGACAAGAGACAGAAGCAGUAUGCCACAGAUCACACACAGGAUUUUGUAGUGCACGAUGUUCGUCGAACUCUCUUUGAGGCAAUUUCAUCUUUUCAUGGUAAUCUUGAAGACGGAAAUGAUUUAUUGAAACUUAUUGAAGCCCAGUUUGCAGCCUUGCGGAAAGCUUUACGGGUGCUUGAAGAAUCAGAUGCCGAGGAUGGCCGUGGUAAGGUUGCUGCCAAGUUACUGAAUCUGUAUCGUACCGGAAGGCUGGGGCAUUAUACCUUAGACCCUGUUCCAAUGAAAUCUUGAUAGAUAUCCUUUUUGCUUUGAAAUAUAUUAUUGCUAUCUUCUUCACCUUUGAGUAAACAUUAUUCUUUGUAUAUAGUUCCAAAUAUAACAAUUCAUUAUCUUGUUCUUAGUAAUCUCAUGGUUAGGCUGAGCAAGGAAUCUGUAAAAUCUGUAAUUCGAUUCGGUUCAAUCCAAUCUGAUAGGUUUUA